UAAUAAAAGCUCUCCUUCUGCUUCGUUGCCGCGUCGCACGUCAUCUCUCUCUCUCUCUCUCACACUACUUUCCCCUCUAAUCUUCACUCCCGAAACCCCAACCCUUAUUCGCUGCCCCUUGCAAAUCGUACUUCCGUAUUCGUUUCGCAAUCGAUUGUUUCAAAAUCACUUCCCGCAAAUCUCGAUUCUAGGGUUUCCGCCUCGUUCUGUUCUCACGAGUAUUGAUGUGAAACACAUUCUAUCUUCUCGAAUGAAUGCAAUCGCGUGAGAGUUUGAGAAUCUCUUAAAAUGGGAGAAGAAGAAGAAGCAGUUUUCCCGGGAGACAUGGCCGAAGAGAAUCAUCAUCCAUCAUUGAAGAGACACCGUCGUCGUCUCUGCAUCGAAGAGGUUUACUCAAACAAGAAACAAACAUCAUCAAACGAUGACAUUAACUCGGAAAUAUCGAACCCAGUGGAUAUCAUCACUAGCCACGCUGCUGCUACAUCGAGCUCAGGUGGUGGUCGCGUUGGGUCUUGUUCCGGGAGCGAUUCCGAGACUACUAGUGGUGGUGGUGGGGUAACGUCUAGUUUCGUAUUGGAGAUUCCGAAGCAUCUCAGCACAACGGGGAUAACGAGAAUCACGUUUAAGCUCAGUAAACCCCCAAAGGAGGAGGAGGAAGCUGCUUUAUGUCAUUUGCCGAUGACCACCACUCAGGAGCGUGCCUCUUCCAAUGUAGUUUCGAGGAAGAAAGUUAGCGACUUUGUAUCUGAUGUGAAGAAGCUGUUGUUGACUGGUAUCAUUAAUGGUGCGAGGGUGAAGUACAUUUCAAACUCACCUCUGAGAGAGCUCGAUGGGAUAAUUUACUCGGGUGGGUUUUUGUGUGGCUGUCCUGCGUGUAAUUUCACCAAAGUUCUAGGUGCCUGUGAGUUCGAGAAGCAUGCCGGUAGAAAAACGAAGCAUCCUAAUAUUCACAUAUUUUUGGAGAAUGGAAGGUCGGUUUACAACGUAGUUCAAGAGCUCAAGACUGUUCCUGUUGAUGUUCUUGACGAGGUGAUAAGGAAAGUGACGGGUUCUGCUCUGAAUGAGGAGGGCUUUCAGGCUUGGAAAGAAAGUCUCGAGCAGGAGGAUAAUAACAUGGCUGAAGAUGAUUGGAAUCAUACCAUGGAUAAUUCGUUUCAAUCCCUUGUCAGUUGCAGUUAUCCUGGUUCUGGUCCAUCUCUUGAUGAGAGUCAAGUCUUUGCUCCAUGUUAUUUCCCAGAUACCAACUAUAUUAGAAAGGAAGUAUGUACAAAACCAAAAUCAAAAAAGCGUACCUCUCAUAUGUUUGGUUUGGGUUACGAAAAGAAAGUUUCUAAAGGCGGCAGGGACAAUGAUUUACACCGUUUGCUGUUUUUGCCAAAUGGGCUACCAGAUGGGACUGAACUGGCUUACUAUUUUAAAGGAAAGAAUCUACUGCAGGGUUACAAACAAGGAAGUGGUAUAGUAUGUAGCUGCUGCGACCGAGUGAUCAGCCCUUCACAAUUUGAAUCGCAUGCUGGAAUGGCUAUUAGGCGACAACCUUAUCAUCAUAUCUGCAUAUCUUCCGGACUGUCAUUGCAUGACAUAGCCCUGUCAUUGGCGGAUGGGCAUGUCAUUACAAGUGGUGAAAGUGAUGACAUGUGUUGUAUUUGUUGCGUCGGUGGAGAUUUGUUACUCUGUGCUGGAUGUCCUCAAGCAUUUCAUACAGCAUGCUUGAAAUUUCAAUCUAUGCCUGAAGGUAGUUGGUACUGCUCAAGCUGCAAUGAUCGACCUAUCUCUAGUAAAACGGCCAUUGCUACUGAUCCUAAUUUGAAACCCAUAGUUAUAAGACCGAGAAGAGUUGUUAAACCACCAGAAAGUGAAAUUGGUGGUUGCGUGUUUUGCAGGUCCCAUGAUUUUAGCGUUGGGAAAUUUGACGAUAGGACAAUUAUUCUCUGUGACCAGUGUGAGAAAGAGUACCACGUAGGUUGUCUCAGGGAGAAUGAGCUUUGUGAUUUGAAAGGAAUCCCCCAAGAUAAGUGGUUCUGCUGUAGUGACUGCAGCAGGAUUCACACGGCUCUUCAGAGUUCUGUUUCCCGUGGGUCACAAACUAUUCCCACGCUUUUGUUAGACACAAUAAGCAAAAAGUACAGAGAAAAAGGAAUCUAUAGGGACAAUGGAGAUACUGUGGAAUGGAUGAUGCUUAGUGGGAAAAGUCGAUGCCCAGAGCAUGAACACUUGCUUUCACGAACGUCUACCAUUUUCAGGGAGUGUUUUGAUCCUAUAGUAGCAAAGUCUGGUCGUGAUCUCAUUCCUGUCAUGGUCUACGGGAGAAAUAUAUCAGGGCAGGAGUUUGGAGGAAUGUACUGCUUGGUCUUGAUGGUGAACUCCCUUGUUGUAUCUGCUGCGCUGCUUAGGAUAUUUGGUCAGAAAGUUGCGGAGCUUCCUAUGGUAGCUACAAUCCGAGAGUAUCAAGGAAGGGGCUACUUUCAAGUGUUGUUUGCUUGCAUUGAAAAUCUUCUUUCGUCGCUGAGUGUUGAGAACUUGCUUCUCCCAGCAGCUCAAGAAGCUGAGUCUAUCUGGACAAAGAAAUUUGGCUUCACAAAGAUGUCUGAACAGCAAUUGCAGAAGUACCAGAGAGAAGUGCAACUUACAAUCUUCAAGGGAACAUCGAUGCUGGAGAAGAAAGUGCCGACACUUUGUGAAUCAAUUCCACUCAUCUGAUAUCAUCCAUCGUCCAUCAUCUCUAUUGGAAGAUUUUGUUUUCGAAGCUUCAUCUGGAUUUUUCUGGGUAGUUGGGCUUUUUUUCUUUCAUCUUUCGAAACCAAGUUCUUGUUUUCUUUUUGCAGAAGGGUCAUUUCUUGUGUACCUCUCUUGUUUUCUUUUGUACAAACUCUAACGAAAGAACAUUAGACUUAGGGUUGACACAGGAGAGGUUUCAAACCUAGUGAAUGUUUUGUACAACAGGAAGGAAUUUAAAAAAAAAAUGAAAACAAGUUGGUUC